CCAUCAUCCAACCGUUAAAUGUCGAACGGCGCUGCAUGGUCGAGCAGGAUGGGCGGGGAGCGCGCGGGAGGUAAUGGCGGCGCCGUGGGCCACCGGCCGCCGCGGCUACGCUGGUGGAACCGCGAGAUCCUUGUUAUGUUAGAAGGUAAGCGAGCGGUAGAGGCGCGGGACAGGGAUCCCUUUGUCGCCGUGCCGGCGGAGACGAAAUGGGAGGCUGUGUCAUCCUACUGCCGCCAAAAGGGGGUGUACCGGAGCUCAGAACAGUGUCGUAGGCGGUGGGGUACACUGAUGAGCGGUUACAGAAAGAUACGGGCGUGGGAGACGAGGGACGGUGCGGCCGCUGGCAAUUCCUACUGGACGAUGGGAAGCCAAGAAAGGAAGGAGCGGCGGCUGCCAGGGAUAUUCGAGGACAUGUUGUAUCGCAUUCUUGAGGCAGACGAGGAGUCUGACGGCAGGGUGGGUGAUGUUGGAGAGAGGAUGCAAGAAGACGAAGAGGAAGAUAACGAGGAUGUGGCGGAGGCGUCCUUCUCUAGCAAUCAAGAUGCAACAGAGAGUGGGUCUUUCUCCUAUGCCGAUCAGGUGAAUGUGAUGAAGGACCUGCCGUCGCCAAUUGCUGCCACGCCAAUAUCAAUGAGAAAAUUUGAGCCAUCUCCACAGGAGUUCGCUGAUCCUGGAAUUACAAAGGAUGAGCAGCCAACUAAUGAUUCUGAAAAUAAAUCACCACAGCAAGGAAGAAAGCGUCAUCGAACUUCACAAGAUGAAGUAAUAAACAACAAUUCUUACAGGAAACUAAUUGAAGUCUUAGAGAGGAACAACACGGUGAUUAUGGCACAACUUGAAGCUCAAAAGCUUAACAUUCAGGUGGACAGAGAUCAAAGGAGGGAACAAGCUGACAGACUACUCACCAUCCUUGACAAAGUUGCUGAUGUUCUCGGAAAAUUUGCAGAUAAGCUGUAAAUAACUGAUACAAGGAUGUGGGAAGGAUUCAAUGGUUGGCAAAGCUAAAGAAUCACAUAAUCCCUAGUUUUACUGCAUUGUUAACGAGCAAUACAUUUUCCCAGAGCACCUUUUGUUUUACUCAAUCAUGGUUAACACGAAAUAACGUUCUUUUGUUGGUAUUAAUUCUCUGGGCUGACAAAGAUAGGCUGAUGAAGUAAAUCAACAGUGGCUUCCCGUGUCAA